GUGUGGUCUAUAUCUAUCUAUCUUUAUAUAUAUAUGUGUGUGUAUACUGUAUAUACGUAUAUAUAGUUAUAUUGUCCUUCACACCUGGGCGCUCUUGGCUCAAGGUUUAGGGGAGCCAUGGGGCAGGGCAACUCUCAAACUUUUGGCCUCAGCCCACCCAGUUGCUUGAGAUUUACCAUACGGCCCGAGGAGGUUGCCACCCACCAGACCGAGGAUGAUUGCUGGGUGAUUGUUGGAAACCUCGUUCUAGACUGCACGGAGUACCUCGCCCAGCACCCAGGUGGAAAGCAAGCAAUUCUAAACUGUGCUGGGACAGAUGCCACCACAAUUUUUGACUUGGUGCAUCAUCGGGGCAUCAUCAAGAAAUACGGCCUUCGAGAGGGAACUAUUGCAUUGAAAGGCGUAAUCAAGCGGCGAGUAGCUUUGUCACUGCAAACCUGCUGAUAUGCCACACCAAAUCCUGUACAAAUGCACUGAUAUUUAAUUUUGAGUAGCCAAUGCCUUUUGCAGGCUGCAGCGCUACACAAGCUCCACAUUGCCUGGUGGGAGUUUGUUUUGGUUUGCCAAUAGCCGGAGCAAGGGGAGUUAGGAUGAGCUUGGCUUUGCGUGGUCUAUCUUCGGAGUGAGAAGCUUCACGCAAAAGCCUGUUUGGAAGCAAAAUUCCAAUACAACAACAAUCAGACAAUUUUCAAAUGAAUGCUUUUGUCGGCAUUCCAUCCUACCUGAGCCUCUUGCAGCCUGUCAAUACUUGAAAUCAGCGAUGAACGCACUGGAAAAGCAGUUGCACGUCUAGAAAUGCAUCCUUUAAAUUACACAUGUGUAAUGAAUGUGCGCCGAAAAGUCACCUGGCGUUCAUUUCACCUUUCUCAUUUUUUCCACAUGUCAAGUGAAUGCCAUUGGGUCAGGAGAAUGGAAACUCCCAAAUGAUCAUGUUCAUUUUAACCGUUGUCGUGCCUCACCCUCUCAGACAUUUCACUGUAGUGGCUCAUGACUGCUACAAUCACGGCUGCAGCAUCAACGGACAUGGCUACAACAUUUUACAAUUUCAACCUGCCUGAUAGCAGUGUAUGGCUUCACUGCAAGUAGAAGCGUGCGUCGCACUCCAUCACCAGCGCCAGAAAUGUGCAACUUUACAAGACUCUUCUCUAGACGUUGCUUCUUUGGGGUGAUUUAGAUGGUGUUUUGUAGACUUUAAGUGACAUUUCUUUGGAAGUCUUUGCUUUUGGACUUAAGGCACUUUUCUCCAGGCAUAUCUAGGCAUGUUGCUUUUGGUUACAUCUUUCUCUUUACUGCUCGAUGGUCAGCCCUGACUGCACUUUGAAUCUUGAAUCCCUGUCAAUACAUGUAAAAUCCUCAAUUCCAUUUCCAAUUUGCCCAAUGCACUGAGACAGGCAGCUGCCCGGAGACAACUGGCUCAAACCUUUGACUUUGUGGUUCUUCAUUUGUGGGCCUCACCAUGCGCCAGCAUGUCUGUGAGUGCUGAAGAGGUGGCAAAGCACAACAAGGACAAUGAUUGCUGGGUGAUUGUUGGUGACCAAGUGCUUGAUGUCACAAACUUCUUGAGCGAGCACCCUGGCGGCAAGAAAUCCAUCAUGAUGUUUGCUGGCAAGGACGCCACUGAGGAGUUUGACAUGCUCCAUGACAGGUCUUGAAGAAGUAUGGCCUUGAUGAGGGCACCGUUGUGCUGAAGGGCACCAUCAAGAAGUGAAUCAAGCGCAUGUGUUUUUGUGGUUUUGGCUCCUGGCUGUCCAGUGUGAAGCCUGUUCAAGGUUAGGUGCCCCGAGAUUGGACACUACCAAUGUUUGUGAAA